AAAUUCUAUUUUUUUUUUUUUGGUAUUUGCCCAUUUCUCAAGGAAAGCACCAAUAAAAUCCACUGCUUCCCUUCCCUCCUCUUCUCUCUCGAUCGCCGGCGCACACUGACGAGUACUGCGACUAGCGUUUCUCUAGGGUUCCGGCGAGUUAUAGGAUGGCGUCGGAGGAUGUGGUAGGUAAGAGAAGCGAAAGUGCUGUUACUACAAUCGUCAAUCUGGCUGAAGAAGCUAAAAUGGCGAGCGAAGGUGUUAAAGCUCCGAGUCAUGCUGCUAUUUUCAGUGUAUGCAAGUCUCUCGCUGCUGGUGGAAUCGCCGGUGGAGUGUCACGCACUGCAGUUGCUCCAUUGGAAAGGCUUAAAAUCCUGCUCCAGGUUCAGAAUUCUCACAGUAUAAAAUACAAUGGAACAGUUCAGGGGUUGAAAUAUAUAUGGAGAACUGAGGGUCUCCGGGGCAUGUUCAAAGGAAAUGGUACUAAUUGUGCCCGCAUUGUUCCAAACUCUGCCGUCAAGUUCUUCAGCUAUGAGGAAGCAUCCAAGGGAAUCUUAUGGUUUUACCGGCAGCAAACUGGAAAUGAGGAUGCUGAACUUACUCCUCUUCUACGCCUUGGUGCUGGAGCAUGUGCUGGCAUCAUUGCAAUGUCAGCAACUUACCCAAUGGACUUGGUACGAGGCCGAAUUACUGUCCAGACAGAUAAAUCUCCUAGUCACUACAGAGGGAUAUUUCAUGCUCUUAGAACAGUUUUUGUUGAAGAAGGCCCGCGUGCCCUGUACAAAGGAUGGCUCCCUUCUGUAAUAGGUGUUAUUCCUUAUGUAGGUUUAAACUUUGCUGUAUAUGAAUCUUUAAAAGAUUGGUUGGUCAAAACUCGACCAUUUGGACUAGCUCAAGACACUGAAUUGAGUGUUAUGACCAAGCUUGGUUGCGGUGCUGUUGCUGGAACCAUUGGACAAACAGUUGCUUACCCUCUUGAUGUCAUUCGUCGAAGAAUGCAGAUGGGUGGCUGGAAAAAUGCUGCUUCAGUUGUUAUUGGUGAUGGGAAGACCAACGCACCUGUAGAGUAUAGUGGUAUGGUAGAUGCAUUCAGGAAAACAGUUCGUCAUGAGGGAGUUGGAGCUUUAUAUAAGGGUUUGGUCCCAAAUUCAGUCAAGGUGGUCCCGUCUAUCGCAAUUGCAUUUGUUUCAUAUGAGGUUGUAAAAGACAUUCUUGGUGUGGAAAUGAGGAUAUCUGAUUGAAUUGUUCGAGUAAAAACUCAGGUUAUUUUCUGUACUUAGAUGUUAAUUUACUCGGAGAAGCGAGUAAAGUUAUUUAUUGGUAAGUGUUAUCUUGUUGACUUGGAAAAGGAGAGAUCCUGAGCAGUGUUAUGUAUUUUAUUGGAGAGAUAUAUUAACAAUAAAGAGUGGUCCAGAAGUAGCAGUAGGUGCACUUCACAUUAUAGGAAUCAAAAUUUACUCAUUUGGCCAGUAUUUUUACAGAAACGUUUAUUUGAAUAGAAUUCUGGGUCUGUUUAUGUUCCA